AUGGGAGAUUUUCAAAUUCUUUUGCAUAGGCCUGGUAAUGAAGUCAUUAUGGGAGAAGAAUUUAACUACAUUUAAGGAUACUUGAAUGAAUUUAAAAAAGAAAUGUUGAUUGAAAAUAAAAUAACAGAUCCAAGAAAAAUAGAAAGAAUUGAUUUUAUUGGUGCUUAACCUGUUUCAAUGAGAAAUAGUCAUGCUGAUAGGAUAAGAGAAGAAAGAGAUUAAGCAGAUAUUAGCUAUAUUGUUUGUGAGAAAACAGAUGGUGUAAGAUAUAUAAUGGUAAUUACAAAUAAUGGUUAUUGCUACUUAACAGGAAGAAAUACCUCUACUGAUUCUGAAAAUAAAUAUAAGCUAAACUAAAUCAAUGUUUAGUUAAAUAAGCAACUAUUCAUUGAUGAAAAUGAUGAUGAAGAGGAGAAUUUGCAAAUUUUAGAAAUUUUUGAUGGAGAAUUAGUUUUAGACAAAAAAGGUGACAAUUACUAUUUAAAAUAUUUAGUUUUUGAUUGCUUAGUUCAUUUUGGAGAGAAGGUUUCUAAUAUUGAUUAUUUAAAUCGUCUCACAAAUGCAUUAUACUUUGUGCAAUACAAUAAUAGUCUCUAUGAGAUUAAUGGAGAGGAACUGCCAAAACCUUAGCCAUUUUGUGAAUUUAAAGCUAAAGCUCUGUCUUAAUUUUUAGAAACAGGAGAGACUGAUAAUUUUGAAGAUUCAGAAAAUGAUCUUGUUAUUUCGAUAUGUGUUAAAGAUUUUUUCAAAAUAAAAUACUGCAACUACUUAUUUGAUAAUUACAUACCUUCUCUUCCUCAUCACAAUGAUGGUUUGAUUUUCACUAAAAAUAACUCAAUUUAUAAACCAGGAACUGACGAAAAUAUAAUUAAAUGGAAGCCUCCAUCAAUGAAUACAAUAGACUUUCUUCUAGUGGCAAACUAAGACAAUAUAUUAUGCGGUAUUGACGAAAAAAAAAGCGAUGGAAAUUAUCUUCUAUAAUCAAGAGUUAUAGAUUUAUAUGUUAUGGAUAACAAUUUGGAGAGAAAAAAUUAUGAAAUAACAUUUUUUGAUUUUAUGAUUGUAGACCCAGACUUUUUCGAAGAAGUUAUUCAAAAAACAAGUGAAAAAGAAGGUGCCAAAGGUGUUGUUGCAGAAUGCAAGUGGAUUGAUUUGGAUUAAGAUAAGGGAGAAAUAAUCAAGAAAAUUUAUACAAGUGACACUGAUAAAAUAUUAGUUUUACCAGAAUUUCCAGAUGAUAGCAAUUAAGAUGAUAAUCGUAAAUGGAUAGCUAGCUAAAAAUAAACUUAUAAAGAGAAUAAAUUCUCUAAAGGAUGGGGUUUUGAUAGAUAUAGAUUAGAUAAAAACUUUUCAAAUAAUAAAAAAAUAGCUAAAGAUAUUGUUUCUUCAAUAAAAGAGAAUCUGGAUUCUAAGGCUCUUAUGCAAAGAUUGAUGCCUAAUUAACAUCAAAAUUCUAACAUGGGUAAUCCUAAUCUUGAACCAAGUAUACAAAAAAAAUAAAAAAGAUGA